AUGAACACCUCGGUCUUUGCCCUUCUCUUCGCCGGACUUGCCCUUUCAUCUGCCCAAGUGGCUGUUAAUGGACCAUUCAUGGGAAGAUACUACGUGGCUGCUAAGCCAGUGUUGGCUCCUGGAGUAGCUCCAGUUGCUGCCCCAGUGGUUGCCGCUGCCCCACCAGUCCUUGCUGCCCCAGCUCCAGUACUCGCUGCCGCUCCAGCCUUCGCUGCUCCAGCCCCACUCCUCGCUCCACCAGCUCCAGUCCUUGCUGCCCCAGCUCCACUUUUGGCUCCACCAGCACCAGUGAUGGCUGCCCCAGCCCCACUCUUGGCUCCACCAGUCCCACCAGUCGCCCCAAUCGUCCCAGCUUUCGCUCCACGACCAGUCUUCGCUGCUCCAGCCCCAGCUCCAAUCGUUGCUGCUGCCCCAGCUUUUGCUCCAGCUCCAGUUGUCGCUCCAGCUCUUGCUCCAGCCUUUGCUCCAGCUCCAGUCCUUGCCCCAAGACCAGUCCUUGCUGCUCCAGCUGUCCCAGCUUUCGCUCCAGCUCUUCCAGCUUUGGCUCCAGCCGUUCCAGCUGCCAUCCCAGCCUACGCUCCAUUCGCCCGUUCUGCAUUCCUCAUCGGAGGAAACAAGGCCAAAAGCAUCAAGGCUUAA